AUGCAGUGGGCUCCACCGGUGGGGCUGUCCCCACAUCUAGCCGCGCCCACCACCGUGAGCCCGCCACAGAUGUGCCGUCACCAUGUCCGGGUGACACGCUCACCCAGUCCUACACGCAUGGUGGCAGCCCCACAACACAUGCCCCACGCCACGGUGCAGCCGAUGAUCCAUUAUGGAGGACGGGCCACGCCGCAGCCAUUGCCGGGAAUGCCUUUCAAGCCUGCGCCUGCCCCAGGGCCCGUCCCCGUCGCGAUGACGCCCGCGCAAAGGUACUUCCCGAGCGCUUCUCUUAGUCCGACUGGCGGCUAUCCCAUGGGGCCGCCUGCAGUCGCUGCACAGAUGCCGCGGUUGUUGAGGUCCGAGGAGGGCGCUGCUCCUGCAUGGAAGGACAUGCAGCAGCGCCUGGGUCGGACGGCCUCGUCCGUGGCCACCACGGUGCCACCAGGAUCCCCUGCAGAGCAUGCGGCCUCGUCCUUGCUUGCGGUCUCCGCAUGCCAAAGCCCCACGCCAUCUCAGCAGCAGCCGACGAGACUGGCGAAACCCACUCACCUGUUGGAUGUGAAGCUGGGGGACUCGCCUUCGCCCACGCCGCCUGUGCCCGGCUCUCCCGUGGACCUGCCGUGGACGCGCCUGGCCUCCACCACUCUCGAACAAGGACUUGGCGACGAGGCGAAAGCCGACGACGUCCUUCGAAGCAGACCCGAAAGCAAAGUGGAAGAUAGUCGGAAUGCAGGUGCUGAGCCGCCUGCCAGUGCCCAAAAAGGCGAGCCAAAAGAUCCGAGUCCACUAGGUCAAGAAAAGAAAGCAGAUCCUGUUGUGGAUGAGCUGAAGGCGGAUGCGAGACGUGCGAGUCCGGAGCCAAAGGCCGAUGUUAGAAGGGCAGGCGAAGAGAAGAAAGCGGAUGCGAAAGGCGAGGAGCGUAAAGCAGACACGAGAGCUGCAGAAAGAAGCGACGAGAGACGAGCCGACGCCAGGGUCAGAGGAGAGGAGCGGAAAGAGGUGCGGAUUAGAGGUGAUGACCCGAGACCCAUGGAGAGGAGAGGCAGAGGAGAGGAUGCAAAGCCUGGCAUUAGGGGUCGAGGAGAGGAAGGGAAGGUAGUUGACAUCAGACUUCGAGGCGAUGAAGCAAAGGCGGCACGCGGAAGAGGCGAAGACAUGAGGGCAGAGGCUAGGAAGAGGCUUUCCGGUGAGGAAGCAAAAGACGUCAGGGAGCGGCGCCGGUUGGGUGAAGAUGGAAAAGAGGAGGCCCGGAAGCCGGCAGCCAGGCGUGGUGUGGAAAAGGGCAAAGAACCCGGGUCGCCGGUGAAAGCAAAGCCUGCGAGGGAAGGUGAGCGAACAGCCGAGAAGCCGACCGAGAAGCCCGAGAAGCUGGAGAAAGAGCGGGAUCUUGGGGCUCCUCCAGAAAGUUCUGCCUCAGCAUGGAGAAAAUGGCGGUUGCUGCAAGAAGGCUCUGAGCAGAGGCCAGAGGAGGAGCAGGAGGCGAACUUCUGCAGGGAGAUGUUCAUCAGCCGAAGACAUGGCCGGCCGGAGGACCACUACCGAGUACUUGGCGUGCUGGGCAAGGGAUCCUUCGGUGUUGUUCGGAAAGUCCAAUGCCGGCAGACAAAGGCCAUGCGCGUGAUGAAGAUCGUUGACAAGCAGAAGGCUUUGAGUGGAGGAUAUCCCUUGAAGCUGAUCAUGGAAGAGAUCGACAAGCUCAAGUCGCUGGAUCACCCAGCUGUUCUGCGACUUUUUGAGUACUACGCUGACUCCAGAUCCCUUUACUUGAUCACGGACCUCCUUCCAGGUGGGGACUUGCUCGAGGCGGUUGAGAAGUCGUAUGCCGAGAAGAAGCAACUGCCAGAAGCAUGGGUUGCCGCAGUCUUCAGGCAAGCCUGUGAAGGCGUGGCGUACUGUCAUGCCAAGGGCGUGAUGCACAAAGACUUGAAGCUUGAGAACAUUAUGCUGUGUUCCAUUGAUCCUCCUGAAGCCGUUGUCAUCGACGUGGGCUUGGCGGAGCUCUUCCCCCCUUCUCAGGCCGACUCCUUUAAGUCCGCAGAUGCCGCCGGAACCCUGGCGACCAUGGCUCCGGAGGCAGAGGGGGCGCACAUGGUCAGCCACUCCCCUUCCGAGCUCUCCUACAACUUUCAACAGGUGGUCAUUGGGCUGCUGCAGCUUUUCUGCAUACGGGGCCUCCCAGAUGCGAAGCCCGAAGAUGACGACCCCAGCUGUUACUACAACUACUUCUAUCCAUUCAGGCCACCCCUUGGCGAGUCUCGCGCAGAGCUCAAGGCUUACAUCGAGCGGCAGAGGCGGGGCCCAGAUUUGGCUCGCUUGCGCUGCUCCGCUGUUGCUGACGACUUGGUCAAGGAGCUCCUGACAUUUGAUGAACCUUCCAGGCCGCACCUGAUGGCCGUCCUAACUCACCGGUGGCUACAAGAGUCCCGGGAGCGGGAGCAGGUUUUAGGAGCCGGGCAAGUGGAUAGUUUGCUUCAGUUUCACCGGACCAAUGCGCUGGCGCAGGCGGUGCUGCUGGACAUGGCAUCGCAGCUGCCACUUGCACAGUUGCGGGAGCUGACACAGCUCUUCGAGUCCAUGGAUAAGGACGGAAACGGAAUGCUGGAUCGGGGAGAGCUCACCGAAGCGCUCAUGAAGGCAGGAUUGGAGCCCGAGCCCGCACGUCAAGCCGCCGUUCGGCUCUUGGAUGAUGGCGGUGGCUCUGUGGAAUUCUCCCGCUUUGUGGCCGCGUUGGUUCCGUCGUGUCGAGAGCUCCUCACAGCCAAACUGCUUCGAAGCAGCUUCGACAGGCUGGAUGAGAACGGCGAUGGCUUCGUAAGCCGCGCGGAGUUACAGCGCUUGCUGGAGAGAGCUGGAUCCAGACUGUCGCAUGCGCAGCAGCAGCUGGAAAAGAAAGACAGGCAUUCAGUGACUCAGCAGAAGAGCGAUCGUGUGCCAGACUCCUCAGACGAGGACCCUUUUCAAAACAGCCUUGCACGUAGGGCGUUCCUGAAAUCCAUACAUGGUGAGCCUGGCCUGCCCUGUGCGAGUUGCGAGGGUCAAAAUCCGUAUCCCCUGCAGCUGUGGAUCACUCACAGUGUCUCCCUGCUCUGA